CAAAGCCGUGGAAAUCGAACAGGAGCGGGUCAAGUCAGCGGGGGCCUGGGUCAUCCACCCCUACAGCGACUUCCGGCUGGGGGCGCCGGAAGGGACAAGCAGACGCCGGAGACCUGGAUUUCCCGUUUCAGGAACCCGGCACUCCACCUGGACCACAGGGACUACUGGAGUUAGGGAUCCUUGCCUCCUCCAGUACUGCUUGCUGGGGACCUGGGAAAUUGUGUCAUAUGCCAAGGCUCGGGGUCAGCCUGACGGAGGAACCGAGCUCCGCUACCUUCCACCCACCCCUCCCCCUACUCCCACCCCCUAGCACCUGCCUAGUUCAGCAAGGCAGGCUACCGGGGGGGAAAAUAGAGAUGCUGGAAAAGCGGGGGAGUUCUGACAGCAGUCUGGUCGCUGUCCUUGGUGCUGAAGGCGGGAUGCGGCGGGGCAUGGCUGGGACUCAGCGAUUGAGGCAGCAACGCAGGGCAGCGGCCACCGCCCAGGUUUUACUGGGACCUGGUCAUGCUCCUGCUGAUGGUGGGGAACCUCAUCGUGCUGCCCGUGGGCAUCACCUUCUUCAAGGAGGAGAACUCCCCGCCUUGGAUUGUCUUCAACGUCCUCUCCGACACUUUCUUCCUGCUGGACCUGGUGCUCAACUUCCGCACGGGCAUCGUGGUGGAGGAAGGCGCCGAGAUCCUGCUGGCACCGCAGGCCAUCCGCACCCGCUACCUGCGCACCUGGUUCCUGGUUGACCUCAUCUCCUCUAUCCCAGUGGAUUACAUCUUCCUAGUAGUGGAGCUGGAGCCGCGUCUGGACGCUGAGGUCUACAAAACAGCGCGAGCCCUGCGCAUCGUGCGCUUCACCAAGAUCCUCAGCCUCCUGCGGCUGCUCCGCCUCUCCCGCCUCAUCCGCUACAUCCAUCAGUGGGAGGAGAUCUUUCACAUGACCUAUGACCUGGCCAGUGCUGUGAUUCGCAUCUUCAACCUCAUCGGGAUGAUGCUCUUGCUGUGUCACUGGGACGGCUGUCUGCAGUUCCUGGUCCCCAUGCUGCAGGACUUCCCACCCGACUGCUGGGUCUCCAUCAACCACAUGGCGAACCACUCGUGGGGCCGCCAGUAUUCCCACGCCCUGUUCAAGGCCAUGAGCCACAUGCUGUGCAUUGGCUACGGGCAGCAGGCACCUGUAGGCAUGCCCGACGUCUGGCUCACCAUGCUCAGCAUGAUCGUGGGCGCCACCUGCUAUGCCAUGUUCAUCGGCCACGCCACUGCCCUCAUCCAGUCCCUGGACUCCUCCCGGCGCCAGUACCAGGAGAAGUACAAGCAGGUGGAGCAGUACAUGUCCUUCCACAAGCUGCCGGCUGACACGCGGCAGCGCAUCCACGAGUACUACGAGCACCGCUACCAGGGCAAGAUGUUUGACGAGGACAGCAUCCUGGGCGAACUGAGCGAGCCGCUGCGGGAGGAGAUCAUUAACUUCACCUGCCGCAGCCUGGUGGCCCACAUGCCGCUGUUCGCCCACGCCGACCCCAGCUUCGUCACGGCGGUGCUCACCAAGCUGCGCUUUGAGGUCUUCCAGCCGGGGGACCUCGUGGUGCGUGAGGGCUCCGUGGGCAGGAAGAUGUACUUCAUCCAGCACGGGCUGCUCAGUGUGCUGGCACGUGGCGCCCGGGACACCCGCCUCACUGACGGAUCCUACUUUGGGGAGAUCUGCCUGCUGACGCGGGGCAGGCGCACAGCCAGCGUGCGGGCCGACACCUACUGCCGCCUCUACUCACUCAGCGUGGACCAGUUCAACGCCGUGCUGGAGGAGUUCCCCAUGAUGCGCCGGGCCUUCGAGACGGUGGCCAUGGACAGGCUGCACCGUAUAGGCAAGAAGAACUCGGUGCUGCAGCGGAAGCGCUCCGAGCCGAGUCCCGGCAGCAGCGGGCGCGUCGUGGAGCAGCACUUGGUGCAGCAUGACAGGGACAUGGCUCGGGGCGUGCGGGGCCCGGCCCCAGGCACAGGAGCCCGGCUCAGCGGCAAGCCAGUGUUGUGGGAGCCACUGGUGCACGCGCCCCUGCAGGCAGCUGCUGUGACCUCCAGUGUGGCCAUUGCCCUGACCCACCAGCGGGGCCCCCUGGCCCUCUCCCCUGACUCCCCAGCCACCCUUCUUGCCCGCUCUGCUCGACGCUCAACAGGCUCCCCAGCCUCCCCGCUGGUGCCUGUCCGAGCUGGCCCUCUGCUGGCCCGGGGGCCAUGGGCAUCCACCUCCCGCCUGCCUGCCCCACCUGCCCGAACCCUCCACGCCAGCCUGUCUCGGGCUGGGCGCUCCCAGGUGUCCCUGCUGGGGCCCCCCCCAGGAGGAGGCGGACGGCGACUAGGACCCCGGGGCCGCCCACUUUCAGCGUCCCAACCCUCUCUGCCCCAGCGGGCAGCAAAUGAUGGCUCUCCUGGGCGGAAGGGGUCCGGAAGUGAACGCCUGCCCCCCUCAGGGCUCUUGGCCAAACCUCCAGGGACAGCCCAGUCCCCCAGGCCACCAAUGCCUGAGCCAGCCACCCCCCGGGGUCCCCAGCUCUCUGCCAACAUGUGAAGCCCUUAGGCAAGCUCUUGGGUACAGUAAUGUGUGUCCAAGGGCAGACGCCUCUUGGGGCAGGCCUGAAGCACUGCCCUAUGGGAAUAUCUCCCCCUACUUCCAAGAAGAGGGUUUCGGUCCUCAGCUCAGGCACCCCGCAGCUUCCUGAGCCAUUCACCCAUCCAUCCAAUGUACUGAGCGCCACGGUGUUCAAGGCGCUGCACAUCUCCACUGCCAAGUCCAAAUGACUCCAAGCUCUCGGAUGAGGGUUUUCCCUGGCCACGGCCCUGCCAGGUGCAGGCCCGGGUCCAUGAUCCCCCCUUACUAAGCACAAGUACUUGCCACCAUCAUCACUGCCAAGUAACUAGAUGUCUUUCCUUGCCCAGGCCCCUGCAGGUUCUGUCUGGCAUGGGUACUUUCCUGUCCCCCUAGCAUAGCUGGGCACUGCCAGUUACCUGUGCCCCCAGUGCUGUCAACAGAUGUCUCGGGUCCCCAAUGUGGGCAUCCACCGUCGCUGCCAUGUGUGGGCCCUUCCUGUCUAUACCCCCCGAGUGGGAACACACACGUCCUGAUAAGUUCCCUGCGCUGUGUCUCUGUGGUAGAACUGUCUCUGUGUAAACUGGGAGCCGCCUCCUCCCUGGAACCCUGCCCAGUGGCGUGUCCCCUUUGAAGCUAAGGGAUGAUUGGCACCUCCUUAGUAUGCCAGCCUAGAUCCCCCCAGGUUGGGGGCAAGUGGCUGAAUCCUUACAUGGCUUU